AUGGCUAAGCUUGCUGACUUUGCGAAUGCCACCGGGUAUUGGGCGAGCCAAUGUGCCGUACCGAAUCUGUCAGCUGCUGCUACUGCCAGCACCGGCGCGCAGGCAAGCAUGCUCGGGCAUGCAGAUACCAUGAUAAACGAUUUUCUCGAAGGCCAUUCCGCUCCAGUCUACAAUGAUGAUACCAGCAAUGGGAGCCACACACCGGACGACCUCAAUGUUGACAUCGCGUCCCUUUCUACUGCAGCAGACGGCUCUUCUGGUGCUGUAGCGAGGCCGACUGUAAAGAGGAUCUCUCCAAAGAAGGAUUUCUUCCUGGUAUACCUUGUGGGGGGCAGCACGGCAGUGAUCUGGAUUCACGCGUUUUACCCGCCCAUUGCAACAAGGUCGUUCGCGGAGAAGUUAGCUAUGGGGACGUUCAUGGAGGAGAUAUCCAAGGCUCUUCACACCGCUGCAACGUCCAACGCCUCGCAGAACAUCAUAGACGUGCGCAUCAACGGGGGCGGCUCCGUACAAGCGACGUACAGAGUCGUGCGCCUACUCAUGGGGGCAGCCAAGGUGCCAGACACGCAGCUCAUGCCGCCCAUGGACUGUGUCAUCGGCACGACGUACACGGAGAAUGCCAUGGGCGUGCUGGCAGUGGACAACACCACGGCGCCGCACUACUACCUCGGCCUCUACACGGACCUCAACGGCACCCACAUCGCAAGCGCCUUCAACUACGCGCCUUUCCGCCAGCCGCGCUUCACACAGGCCGGCCGUGCGGGGACCUACUCGGCGCCGUUCAAGUUCGACCACAAGGGGCAGCUGCCCGUGAAGGAAGAGCAGCCAGUGUUUGGCGACCGCCUCUUCCUUGUGCUCUCCGACGGAGACUGCUUCUCCACCUGCGCUGUCCUCACGCACCUCCUGGGGAAACGCCACAAAAUCCGUAACCACCAUCAUGCAUGGAGCAUGGCAUGGCGCAGCAUAGGAGGAGGUAGGGUAGGCGCGGGCAGCAGGGAGAAAGGCAGCGCAAUUUUCUCGGGUGGCUCUGCUGCCCCAGCUGGCUUUGCUGGGGGAUCCGGCGGGAGGAGGGGGGAGGAGGGCGAGGGGCGAGGGGCUGGACGAGGGCGGUGCCUUCACCCCGAGCCAUGGAGGGACAUAGCACGGUGUGGUGCGGUACUGGGGUGUUGGGUUAAGCAACCAAAGACAGCUGGUGUAGGCCUGUCAGGAGUAGCCGGCGAUUAUGGUGGCAGCGGCAACGGCGACGGUGGUGGAGGUGGUGGUGGUGGCGGUGGUAACCGCGUGUUACGGCUGCGGCCAAUCACGGUGGCGGCCAUGCGGGCGGCGAAACUGCAGGUGGCGCGGAGCACAGGGGGAGACAGCAACAGCAUGGCGGCCGUGCAACCACCUCCAUGGGGGGGAGGAAAGAGGAGAGGAGGGGUGGGGGCGCUUCAGGCAACAAAUGAGGCGCCAUGA